UAUAAAUCUCAUUUUGAAUUCUUUUUGAUGUUGGAAGCUAGAUUGCAUACAUUGGUUUCUAGAAUUCUCGUGCCAUUUUGAGUUGAAUAGGUAGAAAUUAUAUUUCUAUCAUUGCCAAUUGAGGAGCAUGCGUGGUGAUUUUACUCUUCAAAGGGUUUAAAGGAGGAUAAAUUUUGUGGGCCCGAGCUGUUAGAACUGUUCUUGUCUUGGGGUUUCUUUUGUCUUGUUGGAAUGGGAAAAUAGCAAUUUGAAUGAUCUUUCUCGUCAAUUAUAGACUUCUAGGUUUCUCUUUUUUGUUUGGCUUCUGCGUUGUCUCUUUCAGAUUUCACCAUCCAAAGCCCUAGUUACCAUUCCAUGGAAUUCACCGCUGCGUUCAUUUCUAUAUUUCCCAUCUUGUUUAAGAAUGCCCUUUAGUGUAUCUUUGAUGUAAUGAUUUUCAGAUAUUUUCAUGGUCUAAAGGAACUGUUGCCUUUUCGUUCAUCAAUAGGUCAACAUUUCACAAGAGUACAAAGUUUGAAUUCCGGAUCAAAUCACCGUUAAAUUCUUCACAUACUUCACUAAAUUUCUGAUUUUUAUUGGCGGUGAUCUCUCCUUCGUUUUCAUGGGCGUUUUCUCGGUCUGUUUGUUUCUCUCCUUGCUUACCUCUAUUGUCUGACAUAUCUGCUUCCCAUAAUUUAGGCUACCAUCAGACUACUUAUUGGAAUCCCACCGUAAAGAAAUUCGGAUCCAACUUUCAAGAGCAAGUCCUGUGGGUAGUAUUCUUGGUGGUGGGCUCAGAAUAAGCUAGAUGACUGUGGACGAAGCGGGUAUUAGCUCCUUAUGGAGCAGAGAUCAAGAUAAGGCAUUUGAGAUUGCCCUGGCAACUCAUCCUGAAGAUGCUCCAGAUCGAUGGGAGAAAAUUGCAGCUGAUGUUCCGGGGAAAACCGUAGAAGAGAUUAAACAUCAUUAUGAGCUGUUGGUUUAUGAUAUUAACCUGAUUGAAUCUGGCCGUGUGCCACUGCCUUCCUAUAAUUCUUCUUUGGAGGGGUCAACGAGCUAUACCUGUGAUGAAGGAACUGGUAAGAAGGGUGGCCAUUUGGGGCAUCAUAACAAUGAGUCUAAUAAUGGAAAUAAGGCUUCAAGGUCUGAUCAGGAACGCCGUAAGGGGCUUGCUUGGACAGAGGAUGAGCACAGGUUAUUUCUUCUUGGUUUGGAAAAAUAUGGGAAAGGGGACUGGCGAAGCAUAUCUCGAAACUUUGUGGUGACAAGAACACCUACGCAAGUGGCAAGCCAUGCACAAAAGUACUUCAUUCGUUUGAACUCGAUGAACAAAGAUAGGAGGCGAUCAAGCAUUCAUGACAUUACUAGUGUUGGCGAUGGAGACAUUUCAGCACCACAAGGACCAAUCACUGGCCAAACCAAUGGUGGUUCUGCAGGAGUUUCCUCUAGCAAAUCAACCAAACCACAACUGCAGCCCCAAGCUGGGCCUGCAAGUGUUGGCAUGUAUGGUGGUCCGACUAUAGGGCAACCUAUAGGAGGAUCCCUUGUCUCAGCAGUUGGUACCCCUGUGAAUCUUCCUACGGGACCACAUAUGGCAUACGGUGUCAGAGCCCCUGUACCUGGAGUCAUCGUUCCUGGUGCACCAAUGAACAUGGGUCCAAUGGGAUAUCCAAUGCCGCCCACCUCUGCUGCUCAUAGAUAAUGUGCAGUUUAAGCUUCAACACUUGCAAAAGACAGAAGAAUAUUAUUACUUGUGCUCUUCUUUGGAUCUCAGUCUGAAUAUUUUAGUUUAUUUAGCAGAAGGUUUAAUGUUUUAACUGUCAUUUGUCUAUUUUUGCAUCCGUUCUAAAUAAGCCAUAUGGGUAGGAUUUUACCCUGAAUCUGUAUAGGUAACUGGUGGCAAGUAUCUAUAAGUAGUGCAGCAUUCUUGUU